AUGCCCAGAGGCGACUACAACCCCACCUCGCCCUACGGCUACACCCCCAUCGAAUGGGUCACUAUCGUCUUUCUCGUCAUCUUUUCCGUCUCGGGUGCAGUCCAUCUGGCACAGGGGGUGUGGGGAAAGUAUUAUAUCGUGUUUCCCACCCUCAUCGUCGGGCUACUUCUUGAGAUUAUAGGCUGGGUGGCGAGAUUUUGGAGUUCGAGGAAUGUGCUCUACGACACACCGUUCCUCAUGCAGAUCAUCACGCUCAUCAUCGCCCCCGUCUUCUUCUCGGCGUACUGCUACACCAUCCUGGGCGUCGGCAUCCAAGCCCUCGGCAGACAAUACUCUCUCCUCCGCGCCAACUGGUAUGUCGCUCUCUUCGUCACCUGCGACGUCAUCUCCCUCGUCCUCCAAGCCGUCGGCGGCGGCUGGGCCGCCUCCUCUGACGAGCACCCCGUCCCCCACACUCCCACCAACAUCAUGGUCGGCGGUAUCAUCUUCCAGCUCGUGACGAUGAUUGUCUUUUGCUGUCUUGCUGCCGAUUUCAUGUGGCGCGCGGCGUCCAAGAAGGCUUAUAAGAGCAAGCUUGGCCAGGCGGAGAAGGAGAGGGAGCUGGAGAUGGGGGUUCUUGAAGAGGUCAACAGCCCGUACAGCACGUCUAUCGACGAUGCGGGAGAGAGGAGGAAGAGGGUGAGGGGAUGGUGGUUUGUCAUGCUCGGCGUUGGGAUUUGCAGUAUCUGCAUCAUCGUGCGAGGUAUCUAUCGUACCGUCGAGUUGCUGCAGGGGUGGGAUGGGUAUCUCAUUUCUCAUGAGGUCUACCAAGACGUACUAGACGGUAUCCCCAUGUCGAUCGCCAUCAUCGCCAUAAACGUGUUCCAUCCUGCGUUUUGGCUGAGUAAGAGACGGGGGUGGAUCAGGGAAUAA